UAAAUAUGAUUAUUAAAAUAUAAUAUUCCACAAUUAGUAUGUGUUUUUAAAUAAAAUAUUAAACUAUUGUUUUUUAUUAUGUUAUUAUUACAAUAUUUUAUUUAAUUGAAAUUUUUUGUAGGAUGACAAGCUCUUAUAAAUAUCAAGACCUGAAUAAGCCUUUAUUGCUUUUAUUAUUCAUUAAAUUAUCAUUAACAAAAAUUUCAGUUUAAAAAAUAUACGUAAUUUCCACCUUCGAAAUUGCGCGGGUCCGUGACGGCAAUAUUAUCGUACCGUGUUAUGGCGUGACAGCUAACCUUCCUGAACGAUAAGCUGUUUAUUAUGCCUUUGGAUCAAGUCUCACGUUAGUAUAAGUCGGCGUCGAGUUCAAAGUACGCGAUACACCUCGUGUCAAACUAACCUAAAUCUCUUAUCUAGAAUUUUAUAUACAAGAAUUUUAUAUACAAUAUAGAGUGUCGUGACGAAAUGAUAGUCUCAAGAUUCGUGUUGAAAAAUGGCCUCGCCGUUUCUCAGGGAAGAUACAUUACAAGAACAUUAUCCACCGAAAAGAAAUAUGUGGAGACGACUGAGAGAAACGGGGUCAGAACCAUCUGUUUGUGCGACUCUUCUUCGCGCAACUCUUUAUCAUUGGAAAUGAUGAAAACCCUGGUGACAGAGAUCAAAAGGGACGAGAACAAUAAGGAUCUUCGAUCGAUUGUAUUGAUGUCCGAGCCAGGAAAGGUGUUCUCCGCCGGGCACAAUCUGAAAGAACUGACGGCUGCGAACGCCAAGUUUCACAAGGAUGUGUUCGAGACCUGUUCAGGGCUAAUGCGAGCCAUCAGUCAGAGUCCAGUGCCGGUGAUCGCGGCAGUGGAUGGUUUGGCAGCUGCAGCCGGUUGUCAAUUGGUCGCAGCAUGUGACAUCACGGUGUGCACCGAAAGAAGUUCGUUCUCUACUCCAGGAGCGAAUCUUGGAAUAUUUUGCUCGACGCCGGGUAUACCUCUAGUGCGCAAUGUGCCAAGAAAAAGCGCAAUGUACAUGCUGUUCACGGGAUUUUCCAUUUCUGGCAAAGAAGCUUACGAGUGCGGUCUCGUUAGCAAAGUUGUGCCAAACGAUAAGCUUGAUGAAGAAGUACGUCGAAUUACAGAUGCAAUCAGCACGAAGAGCCGUUCGAUCAUGCAUAUAGGUAAAAAGUUCUUACACGAGCAAAUGAGUCUUGAUAUAUCGACGGCAUAUGCUUUGGGCACUGAGAUAAUGGUGAAUAAUUUGAAGAUGAAAGAUGCACAGGAAGGAAUACGAAGUUUUGUAGAAAAGAGAAAGCCAAAUUGGUCGCAUGAUUAUGAAAAUAAUUAAUUAUAUCUAUACGUAACAUUUUUUACAUGUGAAGCUUUUUUACAUUGGAUAUUAUUGCGAUACUUUUUAUCUGUGUAAAAUUUUAAUAAUAAAACAAUUAAAAAAAUAUA